AUGCCAUUCAAGCCCCAAGACAUUCCCGACCUCUGGGGUCGAGUAUACUUUGUCACUGGAGGUACGGCUGGUCUGGGAGCGGGCUCCAUUUCCCUCCUUGCCGCGCACAAGCCAGCACAUAUCUACUUUUCCGGGCGGAACAGCGACAAGGCCAAACGGGUGAUUGAGAAGGUCCGGUCGCAGAACCCGGAUGUGCCCCUUAGCUUCAUCGCGUGCGACCUGGCAGACAUGACCUCGAUACGAAAGGCUGCCGAGCAAUUUCUCGCCCAAGAAUCGCGGUUGGACGUCCUCUUCGCCAAUGCGGGAGUCAUGGCUCUGCCUCCCAGCACGACGGCAGACGGGUAUGAGGUCCAAUUUGGUACCAACCACCUGGGCCACGCGAUGCUGAUCAAGUUGCUUCUUCCGUUGAUGCAGUGGACCUCGAAGAAUGUCCCCGGAGCGGACGUGCGGAUCGUCAGUUGCUCGUCGAUCGCGUACAAGCAAGCACCCAGAGAAGGGAUCGCUUUCGACACGCUAAAAACACCUCAGGAUGGAUUGGGCAGCCUCGUUCCCGGCGGAAAGUGGUGCCGCUACGGACAGAGCAAACUGGCGAACCUGCUGUACGCGCGGGCAUUGGUGAAGAGGUGCCCCGACAUCACCUCCGUCGCUAUUCACCCAGGUUACAUCAAAACGGAUAUCUUCACAGGAGUCUCAUUCAUGACCACCCUCCCUGUCCGCGUCUUGGCCGCGGGUAAUUGGACGUCCGUCGAGGAAGGACCGUACAAUCAAACCUGGGCAGGGACCACUGCGAAGGAGAACCUCGAGAACGGCGCGUACUAUGUCCCCGUCGCGACAAAGGGAGUAUUGGAAACGCCGGCGGCAAAGGACGAUGCACUGGCGGAUAAAUUGUGGGAGUGGACCGAGAAGGAGUUGGCUCUGUUUUUGUGA